AGGCGGCCGCCUCUGUGAUAUCAUGGAACGAUAGGCGGAGUCUCCCUUUGUUGCGGUCCUCUCAGACUCCGCGUUGGGCUUGUGGGCGGGGCCGAGAAAACUCCCUGGGAGUAUCUUUUGGGGAGUUGGGGCCCCAUGUGAGAAGCUAGAAAGGGGAAGCUGUGGAAAUUCCUCGUAGACCCGGGCGAACCGUGACCGUGACUCCAGUCAAAAAGCUCUCCAAAUCCCGGGACCGACCUCACCCUCGCCCCCAAACAAAAUCCUUAAUUUUAGUCGUGGGAAAAUAGCAGAGUGGAACGACGUGGCCUGCUCAUCCUGCCUAAAAGCCGUCAGCCUGGAUUCGGCUCUUCAGCGGGUCCUUGUAUUUGAGAACACAGCAUUCAAGUUCAAGGUCGGGCAGCGGCUGUUUAGGGCUCAUCGGGUCUCCGGACUCCUCGGUUUCCUAACCGAGAAGUGUGCGCCCUGCAAAUUAAGGGUCUUAGUCUCGGAGAAGGGCAUCUUUCCACUUAGCGUGAAAGUGUGGGGUAAAAGGACCCUUCCCGGGGUUCGGCGCGGCCUGAGCGCUCCGGUCUCAAUGGGUCCGCAACUUCCCUUCCUGGUGGCGGCGCUGGCCAGCUGCCUGCUUCCUGCCCGGGCCUGUCUCAUGUGUUCCACAAAGGUCGUGGAGGCGCUAGACUCCUUGGAGAAGGACUACCUGCCUGACCACUUGCCGGCCAAGAGCCACGGAAGCUUUAUGAAAAGGGUGAAAGACGCCGUGCUGGAUUUCAAGAACCUGCCAAUUCACGAGGAUUCCUAUAUGGGGGUUCUUGAUGAGCCCACACUGGAAAACGCAUCCUGGAGUUUUCUGAAGGAUUUGAAACGUAUCACAGACAGUAAUGUAGAAGGUGAGCUUUUCGUGAAGGAGAUGUUUUGGAUGUUGAGCCUGCAGAAGGAUACCUUUGCCCGCUUUGCAGCUCAGUUCCAAAAAGAGGUUUUUUGUCCCAACCAAUGUGGUGUGAUGUUGCAGAGUCUGGUCUGGUGCAAUUCCUGCCAGAGGCAGGUUCACGCCUGUCGAAAGCACCCUAAUUGCGGGGAGCGCCUAGUACUCGUCCACGAGAAGGAAGAUAUGAUCCUGAACUGUGAGCUCAGCUGGCAUCGACUCUCUCAAGGCCUGACCGAUUACAGCUUUUACAGGGUUUGGGGGCAAAAUUCUGAGACCUUGCUGUCCGAGGGGAAAGAUCCCAUCCUGACCAAGACCGCGGUGACCGCGGAUGACGCAGGCGUCUACCGCUGCAGUUUGGGCACUGUCCAGUCCAUCCCAGCCACGGUCCUCCGCUUUCGAGUCACAGUGUUGCCCGAAAGGAUCCGUGAAGAGCUACCGUCAGGCCAGGCUGGGGAGGCCGCAGGUCCGGGGGAUUCGAUUAGCCUCCAGAGGCCCCCAGCCGGCCAGCCUACAUCGACACAGUGUCCGAAGUCCGAGAACAUGCUGAGAGGCCGUCUGAUCGGACUGCUGAUCUGGGGCUUUGUGGUGCUGAUAAUCGGCUUUGCGACCGCGUGAGCCGCCCACUGAAGAAGGAUACUUUGCUUUCGGCCUGAGAGGGUGAUCAGUUGCAUCAAGGACUGUUUGGGCACCAUGAAGGAGUCUGCCACGCCACCACAGGUUUCAAAGGAAAAAGUCACAUCAUCAAGGCACAAAUAAAGAUUUGUCUGAUUGUCUCGA